GAUGGUUUGACACCUCUAACGGAUACGUGUUUUGGGAAAUAAAUAUUCACUAAUUUAGAAAUGCAGCAAAUUACGUGUGACUCCAUUUCCUGAUGCAAGCGAAGAGAGCAGCAACAAGUUUGUUGUAAGGGAAUAUUGUGAAAGCGUAGCAAAGAUUUGUCAACACAUAGAAGAAGAGGCCACCAGCGCCAUAGUAUUUGUUAAUAAUAAAAAUAAUAAAAAGCUGUCGCAGCAGCUGCUGCCGCUAAAACGCCAAUAACAACGACAACGGCAGCCCCAGCCCCCCAAUUGCGGAAGCUGAAACUGCCUUAUCGUGUGUUGCUUGUUGCCUUCGGGAGUGCUAAAAAUAAAACCCACCCACCCACACGACUACAAAUUUUGGCAACAGCACGGGGCAAGGUGAACCUGGUGUGGACUCUCUUCCAGCUCGCUUCUGUCGGUGUUGCCAAUGCGGAGACAAUGCAGAAAUGAAAAUCAUAAAUACAACGUACAACUCGGAAUUUCUGACCAUAAGGCACGCUGAAUGAGAGUCCUUAAAGCAACAUGUCGGAUUUUUUGCCCCGCGACAUUCUGCCCGACCUGUGGCAGGAGAUACUUAAGCGCCACUGGUCGUUCCUCGAGACGGAGGAGAGCGUUCAGAAGCUCGAGGAGCGCAAGCAGCUAGAGGGCUGCCUCAAGGAGUUCCUCUGCGUGGUGCCGCACGAUCGCAAGUUCUUUCUGCCAGAGACGGGGCACAUCCUGCGCAAAUCAGUGCGAGAGCUGACCGAGUUCACGGCACAGAAUGCCAUCGUGGGAUUCGAGACCAUCAGCCAGUAUGCCAACAACUUGUUUACCAAACCCUGGCGCAAGGAGUACCGAACCCUCAAGACAUAUUCGGGAUGCUAUCAGCAUGAUAUACUGUCUCGCCUGCUGGACGCUGACCAGCUCUUCCUGGCCAUGGGCUAUAGGCGCAUAUCGGACGAUACAUUCGUCCUGGAGGGACCCAUCUGCCCCGAUCAGGUGACAAAUGUAUCGCGUGAUGCGAUGGCCGCCUACGUCGAGUGCCAGAUCAUGAAGCACAUCCAUGCAGGCGUCCACGCAGAGGGCUUCCCCUGCAGCUGGAAGGAGAUUUUUCAAUAUCGAGAGCGCCACAUUGGCGGAACCACACAUUCGAUCAAGGAGAUUGUCUACCACCUGAAUGAGAAGCGACUGCGCAAGGAGAAGAUGUCGGAGAACACAUACAGCAAUGUGGCGACACUUUCCACCCAGACCCAGCCUCCGAAGAGCAGGGUAGUGGGUGCGGGCAGUGCGGGUGCGAGCCCCUGCGCUUUGCAUGGCAACAACCUGGCCUAUCCCACAAGCUCAAACAGUUGCGCCAUGCAUCACAAUGUUGGUUCCCCGAAUCUCAGUCUCGUAGGCACCAACGACUCGUUGUCGGGGAAAUACUUGCCGCCAUAUCCCGCCCCACCACCGCAGCAGCAGCAGACGGCUGGAGGAGGGCUGAUGAGCCACUCGCGCAGCCUGGAACACUACCAGGAACCUCACAAUGUCUUCCAGCAUCGACACUCUUUUGACCAGCAGUGCCAGGCCAUGCAUCAGCACUCGCAUGUCUACGAGGCGCCCUACGACUGCCUGGACGGACUGAGCAUGGGCAGCAGUGUCUCCUAUGCGGCGGUCGCCGGUGGCUACAAUGCGCCCGGAAAUCGUUAUCCCCUUCCCUACAACAUCUCCAACCAACUGAAUGCCCAGUAUGCCACGCCCGCCGAUGUCUUUACGAAUGCGGAGCACAAUAUGUACGCGACCAUUGAGAAGACGGGCGCGUCGGCCUCCGGUCCGAUGCAUAGUUGUGACUAUCACAGGCGUCAAGGUCAGGCCCCAGCCAUGCAGCACAGACAGAGCACGUAUCCGCCGGACCAUCACCUGAUCGAUUUCGACGAACGUGCCCAUCUGACGCAGCACGACUAUGGUGCCCAUGACUACGAUCCGCGGCUGUACGAGCACCGAGGCCACGGCGGCCACCUGCGUGGCAAUGCUGCCAUUUACGCGCCACCGCCUGAUCCGAUGUCAUAUGGCGGCUACGAUCUGCCCACCACUCUGCCGCAUUCGCAGCCGCCGCCACCCACUGCUCAGGACAGGUAUGUCUAUGCCCGGCCUGUGCCCAAGGCCAGUCGGACGCGGGCCCUGGCAGAGUCUGGCUUCGAUCCGCGACGCGCCGAUCGCGACCUGAUGCAGGAUCCAAUGGACAAUAACCGUAAGAUGCACAAGGAAUUGAAGGAGCGGGCCAGUCGGACGGCGCCCGCGGAUGCAUACCACAGCAGAAGGCAGCAGACAGUCAACGAUCCUGAUAUACCCACCACUGUUGCGGACAUGACAGCAGCAUACGAGACGGCGAGUCUGGAUGACUUCGCAACGCUGAGCAGCGCCUCACCGCCGCUGAUGCCCAAGGUGCAGGAGGGUGUCGGCAGCUUUGAGUCCUGGAACUAUGUAUUUAAGAACCUGGAGCGCUCUGGCUACUCCAAAGACUUGGGGGAUCGUGAGGAUUUGCUGGUGCAAAGCUUGGAUCUGGACUCGUUGACCAUAUCCAAUGGCAGUGCGAAUCCUGCUGAGAAAACCUCGCGACGCGACACAGCCAAGACACAGCCGGUAACACGUGCAGCUAGUGCCGCUGUUGUGGAGGCAAGUGGUGGCAAGGGAACACGUUUCAGUGCAGCCAAUGCGGAGACAAGUGGCGGGAAGACACGCACGCUGGAGAAGAAGACUGGGGCCAUCCGCAGGGAGGCCAAGGUUGUGCAGGCGCCAGCGCCCACGUUGGUGCCGAACAGCAGCAGCGCGGGCGUGAAGAAAGUGAAGUCCGCCUUGAAAACGGCCACAAUAGACAAUAGAGGAACUGGGUCGCGCAAUCGCACCGGGGCUGUGCCAAAGCAGCCGCCGCCAGUGUCCACGCAGCUGAUUGUGACGAGUCCGAAUGAGUGGAGCUGUCGCUUCUGCACGUUCCUCAACCCAAACACGAAGCGCAUCUGCGAGAUGUGCAGCCGCAGCAAGGACUUCAAUCUGGAGGCAGCCACAGCGGCGUCGUCAUCGGCAGCGGCUGCAGCGGCGAGCGUCUCCCAUGCUUCCUCAACCUGCGUCUAGGCGAUAGUCUGGACGAAUUCCCCUUCCCUCAAAUACACCUUCACCCCCUUAGUGAUACAAAACAGUGCAGUGUAAAGCUAGAUAUAUUUUUAUACGACCCAUGUGCAGCCCUGUGCGUGUCUCUAGGAUCUAGUCUCGUAGCGUACGGAUUGCAGCCACCUUUUGUUGUGGAACGGAGGAGCAUCAGCAGGACAGGACAACAGGACUGGACAGGACUUGUGCAUACGAAGUAUUCUAUUUAGUUAGCCCUACCUGUAAACACACGCUUUAAUUAGUUAUAGAUUGUUUCCCCAUUGUUGAGGGCGUCGCUUCUGUUUCAAAUUUUGUGCCUCCCCCCUGCUGGCUGUCUGCUCUGCAUAUGGGCAUACAAUAAUACUAUUGUAUACAUGCAAAAGCAAAUUCAUUUUAUAGAUUUGUACGCGCGUGCCAGACAGAAAUGGCGAUGGCGAUAGCGAUAGCGAUAGCGACAGCGAGAGAGGAGAGAGAGUGAAACACGAACUUUGUAUAUUUGUAGGCAAUGGAAAACAACUGAUAAUUAUAUACCUUAUAUUCAUAGUUUCAUUCAUAGUACGUACGAGUAUAACCGAAAUUGAACGAAAAUGAACUUAAUACACACACACACACACACACACACAUAUUCAGCUAAUAUACCUUUUCGACCAUUUCAUACUAAAUACCUAAAUACUAAAUAAUACCUAUAACUACCUACCUAUAGCCGUAGAGUAAGUAACUAAAAUUUGAGAAACGAUCAAGCAGAACUGGUCCGGGUACGGGUACGGGUUGUUAACUUAAAAUUUUUGAUUCGAAUUUUACUGAAACGAAGGGAAGUACGAGAAUAGUGCAAAUUUCUACAAAUGAACUAUUUAACGUUUCCUUUUCCAUAGUCCUCCACUUGAUGAGAGGAGCAGAGGGGCUCAAAGGAAUUGGGAAAGGGGCAUAGAUAAAAGUGCAAACUGAAAGCAAACAGCUCAUCCCACCCACCCAAUGCUAGAUAGCCAGACCCCCCGCCACACAGUGUCCACACCUCCCCCUCGUCCCACACAAUGCAAUUUGUUUGUUGAAAUGUUAAGAUUAAUGUUGAUAUAUUAGGAACGGAACCCAAUAUUCUAAUUGCGCUAUCCAUGAGCGGUGCACGAUGAACCCAAUCCUGUAAGAUGCGCAAGCAUAGCCGAUAUUUUUAUAAAGAUAAACGAAACCACGUACCUAUUGCUCUUUGUUAGAUAUAUACCUACCUAUUUAAUUGGGUUUUAUUUGAUUUGAUUUGAUUAUUUAUUUAUUGUUAGUAGUUUGAGACCCAAAUGCCUUUUAUAAUAACCUUUGCAGACAAAUCCACAUAAGAUGAAAUAAUAUAGGUAGAGAAAAAAUAUAAAAAUUUUGCUGAAACUUUCAAGCGCAAUCUUCGCUCAAAAUUAUAAUAAAAUGCAAAUGCAAAUACAAAAAC